CACAACCUGAAGCUGUUUUCCUCAUUAUCCUCCUCCGAGAUUAGGUUACGUGUGUUAUGUCUCGGCUUUUGAGGGUUGUAAGGCGUGGGUAUAGUAGUUAAGGGUUGAUAACUGGCACUGUGGCGCUAUUUCGAGAGGUUGGAGGCAUUGAGUAGGGCCGACUUUUGCAUCCCAGUACGAGAACGUGGCAGAAAUGAUCUCAUCUUGUCUGGGGUGGUUUCCUAGCCGACACCCGCCUGCCAGGACCUCGAGACAGCAUGUACGGAAGGAGGCAGCCACUGAUAACCAGCAAGGACCGCUGAGGGGGGGUAAGGAAGAGGUGGAAGGGCGUGAGGGGCGAGGCGGAGUGAGCCAUGAAUGAAAUGUCCCUUGUGCGCCCGCCAGCGUCACCCCCGCACACGCACUUGUUGAGUUCGAGGCUGUGGCAAACAUGGGAGACUGCUUGUGCUUGUACAGGCGGUCCUCCCUUUCACACAGCCUCCACGCACCCUUCUCCACCCCUCCCUCGGCCCUCUAACCGCCCUCCAGCCCACCUCUGACCCCGGAUCGUGCCCCUAAGAAUCUCUGGCUGAAGUGAUCCCCGUAUCCUCAAACCGUCCGAGUCUCGAUUUCUCUCCGUGACAACGUUUCCCAAGUGACCCCUUUGUGUGUGCUCUUGUGACUGCGCUCCGACACCUCAGGGGAAGGGGAAGGAGUGGUUAUCUGAGGUGCUGCCCUUCUGAAAUAGCCUGUAGCCUCGAGGGUCGCGGUAUAUGUGUCCUGCUCUGGUACUGUGCAUAACAUCUCAGGGGAAGGGAAGUUGUUAUCUGACGUGCGGCAUACGCGGGUGCCCUAUAUGGUGCUUCCCCUGUGAAAUACCCUGUGGCGUGUUGCUGCGGCAUAUGUCUUGUAUCCUUCUCUGGUACUGUGCAUAACACCUCGGGGAAGGGGAGGAGGGGCUGUAGGUAUGUGCUGUGUUACGUGGGUGCCCUGGACUUAAAUGUGUCCCCUGUGUGACCAGAGGAGUCCUACACCACGACUAUUGCCUCGAGAUCCUUCAAGUCACUCACUGAAGUCUUCAGUCCCCGCUCGCCGCCUCAAGUCACCCUCGAAUCUUUGUCAUAUCCAGACUCCCACAUCGUGAAAAACUGUUGGCUUGCGGUGUGAUGUGGGGUCGCGGCGGGGGUGCGGGCGCGGGCGGGGGUGGGGGCGGGGGCAGCCACGGGUCCCUCAACGCCCUCGGGGGUGGUCCAGCGGGGGGCCUGGCGGGGCGCACCAUGUGGAUUCCCUACUGCUCGCACCCCGACACACGUAACCUGCCCAUCCCCCUCGAGUUCGCCGGCAAGACUGAGUGUUUGAAGCUUAUAAGGGAACUAAACCGCGAGACCUCGAGCUACCGUCAUCUGGCCGUGGGUCUGGGCGGCAGCGGCGACUGUGAGCAGCUGAGGGACGAGCUCAAGCGGUCCCGACGGAGGGCGCAGGACAUCGCGAGGCAGGCCAAGAACAAGCUCAACCCCUAUCUGCUGGAGACCGACCCCGUGAGGCCUGAGGUGGCGAGGCUGUGGCGGAUACUCUUCUGCUGCAUUAGAGUCUUGGAGCAGGAAAUGCUGCGGACGCUCACCCUGCAGCACACCUUUGGGCUGCACCUGGGGCCUGUGGGACUUAUCAACACAGGGGUGCACGAGUACGGGGGGAGCCACCGCCCCGGCCCACCCCCCCUGGACGGCCAUGACCUCCCACUGGAUGACAGACAGGCCAUUGAGAGGGCAGAGGUCAACCAGCUACACAAGGAGCUUAUUGACCUGCGUAACCUGAUCAACGUGAUGGAGAGCAGCCUGGACCUCAAGGCCUGGGCGGUGGACGACAUCACCGAGAAACAGCUGCUGGCCGCCAUCAACGACGACUCUGCUUCCUUCCGCGACAACUACGAGUCUGGGGCGUCCGAGGCGGAGUCUGGGGGCGAUGAGAGCGUCAGCACCCUACAGCGUCGACGGUACAUCUGCUACAUCCUGAGCUGUGUGGUGGCCGUCUUCCUGCUCGGGACUAUCCUCGGCAUCCUCCUGGCAGUCCUCACCUAGCACCCAUAAGCUGGAUUUUUUAUAACAAGGAUUAUUUUGCCGAAACCACUGUCCUUACGUGUGUGGUUGCCCUAUCAUACCGAGGUGAUAUUAUGUUUACGGUGGAUUGAUUUACAGGCUUAUAUUAACACAGGGAGCUGGCGUCAGCGAGCGAGCGUUAGGUUACAUAAGGCCGAGGUUGUGUUAUUUAAGUUUAUGAUCGAUUUACAGGUUUAUAUAACACAGGGAGGCUGGGGUUAAGGUUUGGGUGACCUGGUUUAUUUUCAGGGAUGUUUGUGGUUGCUUUUUCGGUUUGGGUUAUGAAGGGUUGGGUCUGGGUUGAGUUAGGUUAGGUUAAAUUUGGGUUGGGAUAAGUUAGGUUUAGGUUGAGUUGAGGAAGGUAGGGUUACAUUUGAUUGGUUAGGUUGCGUAGGGGGUGGGUGAGGCUGGCUGGGUUAAGUUAGGUUGCAGUUUGGGUAGAAUCGGGUGGUGUUGCUGCAUUCCGGGGUUAGGUUUAGGUUGAGUAAGGUAGGAUUACGUUUGGUUAGGUUGAGUUGGGGCAGAUGAAGCUGGCUGGGUUAAGUUAGGUUGCAGUUUGGGUAGAAUCGGGUUGUGUUGCUGCAUUCCGGGGUUAGGUUUAAUACGAGGACUUCUUUCCAUCCUUACGUGCUGAUAAAACUGUACAGGGAAUGACGAUGUGGUAAAAAUUGUGCUCAACUUAUAUGAAAAUCGUGUCCCAGAUCUUGCAUAAGCUCAGACGCGUGUGUGUGUGUGUGUGUGUGCGUGUGUUGAAGAGUGUGUCCAAGCUAGUAUUAACUCCGCUGGUCGUCUUUAGUAAAUGCAUAGUUAUAUAUUUUCUUUAAAAGGUCAACAGUUAACUAGUAAGUACAAUUUUAAGGCUAGCAUAAGGGUGGGAGGGAGGGAGGGAGAAGGUUGACUUGUGCAUAGCGAAUCUUUUUCAGGGGUGUGGAGUCUGAGUCUGAGUUGGAGAAAUAAUGUCUUCAACUCUAUUACAAUUUGUGUGAUGUUGUGUGGCUGGGUGUUGUGUGGUGUGGCUAGGUUCGACUUGCCUACCACUGCACUGCAAAAGAGGGGAAGGGAUGGGGGGGGUGGAAAUUGGGGUGGAGUCAAAGUUGGGGUCACAAUUUUAAAAUUUCCUGAAGUCAAAAUUUUCUAUAUCAGACUCCACACCCAAUUUUUUCACACUUAGUUGUGGCGCAAAGUGCAAACCUAAAGAUACUUAAACAUUUGCUCAUGCGAGGUAUUACGUUACACGGCUACCCUAAGCUGGGGGGGCAGGGAGGAGGGGAUAGGGGGUGCAAAUACUACCGAAUCUGUGAUGUUCGCGGCAUGUUCUCAACCAUACCAUUGACUCUGUUAGUGUAGUAUUGUGAUAAGGCUCAGAGGUUAAUAUAUUUGUUUUUAUUGAUUGUCACAAGUGGCUUAGUAUUAGUUUGUGAGCGCCAAAACAUGUGUAACGGCAACUAUUUGAGGUCUUUCCAAGCUAUAAAAAUUUGCAUGGUGGGUGAUGAGACUCAAGUGAGGUUAAUAUAUAGUUCUUUUCAUGAAUGAUAUUAAGCGGUUCACCAUUAAAACAUGUCUUACGGUAACUAUUUGAGGUCUUUCCGAGCCGUGAAAAUUUGCAUGGUUGUGACUUGAGGCUCAAAUGAGGUUAGUAUAUUUGUUUUUAUCGACUGUCAAGUGGUAGAGUAUUCAUUUGUGUGCCAAACCAUAUAGCAGUAUUUGAAGUCUUUCCGAUAAGUGAAAAUUUGCAUGGUUGUGAC